AUGGCGGAAGAUCUGGUGCUAGACACGGCGAUCAGAGAUUGGGUGCUGAUUCCUCUAUCAGUGGUGAUGGUCCUCAUCGGCAUCCUCCGCUACUUUGUCUCCAAGCUCAUGCGCUCCUCGCAAGUUCCCGAUCCUAAGAUCGUCAAAGAAGGGCAAGUAAUUGUUAGGGCUCGGAAUUUGCGAGCUGGCGCUAAUUUCAUCCCUCCCAAGUCGUUUCGCUCUCGUAGGGUUUAUUUCAACAACGAGGAAAAUGGAUUGCUGUUUGUUCCCAAGGGCCAGGCUCAAAAUGCGCAGGCACAAAUGUUCUCUGACCCUAACAUGGCUAUGGACAUGAUGAAGAAAAACCUCUCAAUGAUUAUACCUCAGACUCUCACUUUUGCAUGGGUCAACUUUUUCUUCUCUGGAUUUGUUGCAGCCAAAAUACCCUUCCCAUUGACCCAGAGGUUCAGAACAAUGUUGCAGAAUGGUAUUGACCUUAGCACAGUUGAUGUGAGCUAUGUUAGUAGCCGCUCAUGGUAUUUCCUCAAUUUGUUUGGUUUGAGGGGUUUAUUUAGUUUGAUUCUAGGAGAGGAAAAUGCAACGGAUGAUACGCAGCGUAUGAUGCAGAUGAGUGGAUUUGGCUUUGAUCCAACAAAGAGCCUGGGUGCAGAGAAAGACGGUCUUGACAUAGUCCAACAUGAGUGGGCACUCCCUAAAUUUGAGCAUCGGGCUGAAGCAGUGUUGAAAAAACUCAUCAGGUGAACAUCAGGAGCAUAUAAACAGCUGUCAAAAGGGAUCGUCCGCAGGUGCUUCAACUGAAGUUUCCAACCCAUGUUAGUUGAGUCCUGCCUUGACAAACUUGCUGAACUCUAAAAGAUGACAAACCUGUAGAACCAUGUUUAGCGUUUUAGCUUACGUUCCAACUCUCCGAGAAUCAAGUAGAAAAUUUGCACCUUCCUAAUUUUUAUGGCUUAUUAUUGAUGUCGAAUCUUUCUUUAUCGAACCUAGCGAAGGAUGACUUAGUUUUCAACUCAGUUGUUUCGAAGAGGGACCAUUGAUUGGAUCAUUAUUUCCCUACAGUCCGGGGUCUUAUAAUGCAUUUUGGCGCCUGUGAUUUUUGA